AUCUUACCUCUAAUCAAGAACAACUCUUGGAUCUUACCUCUGAUCAAGAACAACUCUUGGACCUUACCUUUAAUCAAGAACAACUCUUGGGGCCUCAGGACUCAGAUUUGGAUUCCUCCAUUGCACCUCAAAACUUAGAUUUGGAUUUUUCUGUUGCGCCUCAGGACUCAGAUUUGGAUUCCUUUGUUGUGCCUCAAGAAUUAACAGAAAUGUUAGAUAAUGAAAUCUAUAAAGGACAGAAUUUGGUUGGGAUCUAUAGUAUAUUACCUAAUAUUACUAAAAAAAUUGUAUUCACUAUUAAUGAUACUUUCCCUAACUGGUAUAUUGCUGAGCAUUAU